AUGUCUGUGGCUUUCAACCAAGGUUUUGAGAAAUUCCGACGGUUCGCUGUAGAUGUCCACAAAGAUAUUGACUGGGAUGCCAUAACCCCGUCUGUUGCACAGGAAAUCAUCUCCAGCGAUGCACACCCAGCAGAGCAAGGCCACCAACCAGCAAAAGGCAGCGAUAAUGACUGGUGA